ACGGAGAUCCAAAGAGAGACGGUAACUCGCCCAGAGUCGCCUUCACCAUGCAGACUCCUCCGGCCGCUCUGUCUCUGCUGCUGGUGUCCAUGAGCCUCCUGGCCGCAUGUCAGGGCCAGGGCCACCCCCUGGCCAUAGGAGACCUCUUCUCCAAAGAGACGCCGCUGGACAUGGCCCCGGCCUCCUUCGAUGACCAGUACUCGGGCUGCACGGUGGCCAUGAGGGCGGCGCUCCCGGACCUCAACCGCACCGAGUUCCUGGCCAACAAGGUGUACGCGGACGGCUGGGCGCUGGCCAGCACGCAGUGGCAGGAGCGCCGCGCCUGGGGGCCCGAGUGGGGCCUCGGCGCCACGCGGCCGCCCCCGCCGCCCCCCGGCUUCCGGGACGAGCACGGGGUGGCCCUCCUGGCCUACACCGCCAACAGCCCCCUGCACAAGGCCUUCAACGCGGCCGUGCGCGAGGCCGGCCGCUCCCGCACCCACUACCUCCACCACUUCCCCUUCAAGACCCUCCACUUCCUGCUGACCGAGGCCCUGCAGCUGCUGGCCAGGGGCCAGCGCUCGCCGAAGUGCCGCCAGGUGUUCCGGGGGGUGCACGGCCUGCGCUUCCGGCCCGAGGGGCCCGGGGCCAGCGUCAGGCUGGGGGGCUUUGCCUCUGCGUCUCUGCAGAACGUGGCCGCCCAGCAGUUCGGGGAGGACACCUUCUUCGGCAUCUGGACCUGCCUCGGGGCGCCUAUCCGCGGCUACUCCUUCUUCCCUGGGGAGGAGGAGGUGCUCAUCCCCCCCUUCGAGACCUUCCAGGUGAUCAACGCCAGCAGGCCCACCCAGGGCCCGGCCCGCAUCUACCUCCGGGCUCUGGGCCAGCGCAGCACCUACAACUGCGAGUACAUCAAAGAUAAGCAGUGCAAAUCUGGGCCCUGCCACCUGGGUGACUCAGCCACAGGCCAGGGCCCCCAUCCCUUGCUGUGGUCACUCCUGCUGCUGCUCUGGUUCCUGGCAUGGGGGGCGUUUCUGGAUUGCCCAGGCCAGCUCUGACCCCUGGAACAGUGCCUGCUGCCUCCACCAGGCCCCGCGAGCCAGGAUGUCGGCCAUGUGUGUGCUGAGUGACAGGUCCGUGCCAGCUCCAGU